AUGGCGUUGAAGGUCUCUCCAUUGACGAAAAUAAUCUCUCUGUCAGGCUUCCUGGCUCUCGGGUUUUUGCUAGUUAUAUUGAGCUGUGCCUUGUUCCAUAAUUACUACCCACUUUUUGACAUUCUGAUCUUCCUUCUAGCCCCUAUUCCAAAUUCACUAUUUAGCAAGCACAACGCGGAGUCCCAUGAUUUCAUGAACGAAUCCUCAAAUAACGUUCAAGAUGUGGGCCACUUUUUCACAGGGAUGUUGGUCACAAGCGGUCUUGCCUUGCCAACGGUUUUUUACCAUUGCCAGCUAAUCAACCACUACAGCUGCAUAAUGAGCACAACUGGAGGUGUCAUCAUUUACUUGAGCAUCGUUGUAUUUUCUUGGUUCUUUAACACUGGAUGGGAAGACGAUGAAGACGGGCUAUUUGGCUACUAA